UAUAGACAUCUCACAGAUGACCUAACAACAUUACUAUUUCCACUGUUCAAAAAAGCUUCACCAAAGCAUUUCGACAAAGUGGUCAUAAAUGAACUCCGUCCAGGAAGCAUUGUAACAAAUAGCAGUGGACUCUAUAACUACAGCGUCAAUCAGGCAGAAAUCAACUAUUUAAACAAUGACUUAGCAACAAGAGUGCAUAACAUUGUUAACAACACGGAUGUGCUGGAAAACCUUACAGCGUCUGUGGGUAACACCGUGACACUCAUUCGUGUUCAUGCUCCACCUCCACUGAUCAAAAAUAUCACAGAAUUGAACAUGACAUGUAAUAUAAACUUUGCAAAUUACAAAUUGAACUGUGGCAAUGGAAAUUACUGUACCUGCGAUGGACCCUGCAGGAGAAACUCUGAUGUCUGUAACUAUAAUGGAUACUGUCUCAAUCAAGUUGCUGGCUCUACCUGUGUGUGUUAUGAGCAUACCUUUUACCAAUAUACAGGGAAACAUUGUCAAACGUUCAUAAGGAACUCAAGAUUCUAUGGUGUGCUGUUUGGUGUGUUGGCAGCUGGUCUGCUCCUCCUUCUUGUCAUCAUCAUUGCUGUUAUAUUCUGCUGUCGAAGAAAAAGAUCACGGGGCACUGACCGUCGAAGCUCACUCAAAUGGUAUUCAAUAGAUGAAGAAUAUUUCAGAUUUCCACAAACAGAUUUGACUACAGCAACCCCAACACGAAAUGAUGGGAAGCCUCUGGGAAAGAGAAGAGGGAAAUACAGCCUGGAUGAACACCAAACAUUUGAAGAUGAGUUGGGGUCUGGUGUUUGGAGACCAAACUUAGAUGAGGUAGACACAGAAGCUGAGAUACGAGCUGAACGCCCUGAAAUGGUUAUGCCGUCAUCAGGCGAACGCUGACAAUUGGUGCAUCUGGCUUUUGGACAUGUUUUCAUUGCAGGGAAUUUAAACACCUGUGAAAUGUGGACACACAUUAAAUUGUUCAAAAACACUGCUGUUUGUUCAGAGAAUAUCACCUAUGAAAUAUGGAAGAUUCUACUGCUCAGCGGCUUGCUAUAAUUUAGUUUUUCCUAACAUAUUUCAGGGUUCUGCAGCUCCAGAAAGCUCAGUGAUUAUUUAAAAUGGUUGAUACAGAGUCACAUUUUUAAAGUUAAAAGGGUAUCUUAGUUUUGAAUUCUAUGGAAUAGCCUGUUAGAUUUCAUAAAGCACUUAUAUAAUUACACAGUUCUCAUGGGAAACUACUUGAAACCUCUGUAAUUUCUGUAUGUAAUAAGAUUGACAAAUAAGAUUGCACAGUUACUGUAAAUUCUAGCAUAUGCUACACCUUCAGCAAUAUGCAUCAGGACCAGUGGACAGCCUUCUAAACAGACUGUAAGAGAAUAUCAUAGGAACAGUAGGUAUAUUUUGGCAACUAACAUUACACAAAAGGAUUAAUCCAAAGCUUUCUGAACCCAGGAAUCCAGUUCAUUUAUGGCUCAAUGAUGGGCAAGGACACACUCCGAUGUAGUACUGAAUCCUAUCAGGACAGCAUGGAUUCUAGGCACAGUCUGUGCUUGAUUGCCUGACCUCAGCUGGGCAGCAGUUAUCACACAACAGUCAGUUGUCAUAUCCCUGGCAAGGUAAACCUCCACCAGGUUUUUUUAUUCUAGGACCUUACCUCUGUGAGCAAGGACAGGUUGCAAUGUGAUCUAUCCAACUGAUAAUAGAAUGCAGAUAUUGGUCAGUUGGGAACAUGGUGGCAUCAUCCAGUUGCUCAAGAAAAAAAGGGCAGGAAGAGAAAAGGAAACAACUUGGCUUUGUGCAUUUUCAAAUAAAAGACCCUUUAGCUGAGAUACCAGAGGUUACAUGCCUAACAAUAUGUUAAUAGGCAGUGCCUUCAGGAGGGUAGAAAACUGACGCAUACAGACAGGCAUGAUUUGAACCCUUGGGUUUACAGUAAUAUCUUUAAAGUCUAUUCAAUUUUCACAUUAAUCUUUUACAAUCAAAUCAUAGAAUGCUUGAGGGAAAGUAGAUCAAUUGUCUAUUUAGGAUAUGAUACAUUUCAGCUUUAGGAUUGUUGGUGCAGAAAAUAUGUAUUUAAAUUAUGUAAAUUGAGGUGAAAUUGAAUCUGUUUAAUAUUGAACCUUUUUCUAAUCUUAAUUACCUUAUGUUUGUUACAAAUUAAUUAUUAUUAAGGACUCAU